AUGGCUGCACAAUCCAAGACCCCGGCCACUGCUCAGCCACCAACUACCACCAAUGUCCGCCCACCUCCACGGUCUAACACCUCCUAUCAGCCCCGCCCAUUCUUCUCAUCACAACUACCACCACCAGCACCACCCACUCACCGCAACCAGCCUCGCAAUGCUGAAAUAAUCCGGCGAGCGGACAGCAUUUUCUUCUGCAUAAGGCUCAUAUUUUUAGGCAUUGGCUUGAUUGUCAUCCUUCUCUGCUUAAUGAUUUUCCACCCUGAUCUUCCCACGUUCCGGGUCGACUCGGUAACCAUCUCCAACUUCAAUAUUUCCACCACCACCCCUCCCCUUCUCUCCGGCUACUUCAACAUUGGACUGACCGUUGAAAAUCCUAGCAGCAAAACUACCUUCUCGUACAGCCACCUCGAGGCCGGAAUCUACCUCGGGUCCAAUCAACUCUCGGGGACAACCCUCCCGCCGUUUACUGUGGCAGAGAAGAUGAAUGCAACCGGGAUCAAUGCAGAAUUCUCCGCGGUUAGGGCUUACACAUACUUGGCUGAGACUCAAAAUCUGGAACUCUGUUUGAAGGUUCAAAUGGAAGUUCAUUCCAAAGCUGGUUUUUGGAGAGAAGUGCAAUAUUUGGAGGCCUCUUGCCCGGGAUUAUUGGUCAGUGCUGUUAAGACUCAAAAGAAUGGAUCAAGUUCUGAUGUUUGGAGUCUAAUUGGAGGAGUUAAAGCCUGCGAGGUUUCUCAAGAAGCCUAUCAAUCCAAGUCUGUAGAAAGAUGA